GAUUUGUGGGAGUUGACGUGGCUGGGUAUUGACGGGCUCCGGCUACCGCUUCAAUUGCUCCUCAAGUUCUUUUCCAGUCACAAAACUGCUUUUUCGCCAUUUAGGUAUUAUGCUACCUGAAUUCUCCUCCAUUAACCGUACCCCCAACGCCACCCCGCAAAAGCUUGUCAUCGAAGACUCGCAGUCGCCCUGCAACUCUCCUCCCUCUUCCAUCCGCCCUAUAGCCGGAGCUGCCUUCCCCUGCCUCUGAAUCCCCAACUGCCUUACCUCCGGCCCUCGGUAACCACCCAUCGACGAUUCCAUUUCUUCUUCAAUUGGAUUUGAGGAGGGUAACCACCCAGCGACCCCCUUACCGUUCCACCGUCGUCGCCUUCCCAGAUUUGGAUUUCAGAGUCUUUGUUCCGCAUCAUCGUCUUACACCGUCGGCCGAUACCUAGCCUCCGCCUUCCGUCAACUGGAUAUUGGGGUCGCUGCUCUUUGUUCCUUCCAACUGGGUUUGAGAAAUACGUGGGGGUUCGUCGCCGUUGGGUUACCGUAGGGAUGAUAUAAUAAUUAAUAGGGUGGUACCUUCCAGUUUCUUAGAGGUGACAUUUCAAGUAAACUCUCCUUUGCCAUUUUCAUGUUUUGACAUAGUUAUGCUUUUCACUACUCCCAUUCCAUCCGUUGAUUUUCGAUUUCGCAGUCUCGCUUGGUUAUGGCGAAAUAUUGAAGCGCGUCCUUGCCUCUCUUUUGGUGUGGGGAUUCAUGGUUUUCUCUUCAUGGUAGUAGCAUCGACUUAUAACAAUGAGUUCAUUCCUGGGACAUUAUGUUUUUAUAACGAUGGGUUCAUGCCAAAGCUAUAUUGUGGCGAGUCACUACUGCUGCUUACCAAAUCCUUAUUAGAGAAAAUGCAAGGGCAAUGGAGAUUGGAGAACAUUAGGUUGUUCUUUUCCCUUUCUAGGUUUACCUAUUAUGCUCUAUAUAUAUUUUGCGACUGAAUUAGUUUCUCUCAGGGCAUGCUCGGUGAAUCAAUGUACAUCAAGAGCAUCAAAUCUAAGCCAUUGUGAGUAUUCUAUUUAUUCAACCAUUCGUUUCCUGCAUGUUUUCUAAACAAAUAAUAGUUUACAUUAGGAUGAGAGUGUUGUUUUUUUUAUUUGAAGUUUUUUUAUUGGUUGCAUACUUUUGAAUUUUGAUUAGUGGUAUCAACUGUACCCAUGGCGUUGCUAGAACAACAUAAGAUAGAGUGACCCAAAAACGUAUCUCAUGGAUUUGUUAAAAGAGGUAGCUCCAUUCUAUAUUUUUCACUCUCUUAUGGUUCUUAUUUCUUUCUACCGAAUUGCUAUUAUGCAUACUCCUCUUAUUGCUAGGGAGUUGACAGUUGAG